GAGCCGCCCUCGCGAUUAAGGCCGCAAAGGGCUCCUCUUCCCUUCUGCCACACGCCACGAACGAUGAGAUGGUGGACCCCGUCGUCGGCGCCUGGGUCCUCGAGUUCCUCCUCCGCCGACGUGACGUCGGCGACGCCCUCGCCGGCGAGCUCCUCCUCGCCCUUCCCCUCCCCUCCCCGCUCCCCCCCCGCCUCUCCGCCACCCUCCUCCUUCGCCGCCUCGCUGCCGACCUCUCCCGCCGCUCGGUGUCCCCCCGCACCCUCCAUUCCCUCGACCUCCUCCACCGCAUCCUCCCCUUCCCCUCCCUUGCCCCCGCCUUCACCGCCGUCGCCGUCGAGUGCACCGUCGCCCCUCUCCGCCUCCCACCCCUCUCCUCCUCCGAAUGCGACGCCGAGUUCUUUGACGCCGUCAAUAGGAUAUGGAACUGCCUAGUGGCAGACCUCGAGCGGUCGGAGGCCGCCGGGCUGGUGUCCUGCGCGUUGAGGGAGGCGAGGAUGGAGAUGGAGGCGGCCGUCGUGGAUCCCGCGCUGAGGGCCCAAUUGGCCCGGAGGGAGACCAAGGAGGCCGCGCUGGUGGCGGUUCGGGUUUGCUUGGAGGAGAUGGAGAAGGAGAUGGGUCCGACGUUUCUUGAGGCUGCGGCGGACGCCAUCGUUAGUUGCGAUUGCGAGACCCAUAGGUCCUUGGUGGUAUUGAGCGACAAGCUGAGAGCUUUUCGCUCCAUUGGGCUCGAAUCUGUCGAAAGGGGUGUGGAAAUAGGUCACCUCCCAAGCAAGAUUGACAGGGCAAGAUCGACAGUUGAGGGUGGUGAAGGGAUUAAGCUGAAUGACAGAAAUAUUGAGAAAGAUCAGAUGAGAACCGAUCAAGAACAGGGUUACUCAGUCGACAAGAAUUCCAUGAGCUGUGAACUACAGGAAGUAUCUGAUCAUAAAAGUUGUGAUAACAACUACGAUGAUGUGCCUCAGUCAGGUCAGAUGGAUCCAGUUCCACCUGAUCCGAAGGAUGUGAGAAAGAAGCAUCACAAUAUUUCUACAGAUACAUUUUUGCAUCCUAGUGAAAAGCGUAUUAGAUACAGCAAUUUAGAUGCCAACACUGCAACUAAUUUAGAUGCUGCUACAAUGCAGAAGCCCAGCUUAAUGGAUAGGAAUGCAACUGCGCACACAUUUGAGUGGGAUUCAAUUCCAACUCAUUAUGGGAAAUCCCCGAAUAUGAAAAAGGAGAUGGACUAUUUCAGCUCAAUGAACUCAAAGUCUUCUUCAUCUUUAAAUGAGACUAAAGAAUAUGUUUUAAGGAGAAGAAAAAGGAAAUGGAAUUCAUUAGAGGAAGAGACCUUGAGAAAAGCUGUGGCACGAUAUGGUGCAGGGAACUGGAAACUUAUCAAGGGAUGCCAUCCAGAAAUAUUCGAAAGAAGAACAGAGGUUGAUCUAAAAGAUAAGUGGAGAAAUAUGACGAGGCAUAUGUAAGUGCUUAUGGCAAAGAAAAUGUUCCACUCCAGCCUCCAGGGACAUGCUCGACAACGGUGUGCAUACAGGAAGUAGGAAAGUUGUCGAAGUUGAGCAAUGCUGAUCUUGUGGGCAACAGCCGGCCGGCACACUGCUGCUGAGAUGAUCAUACAUCUAUUUGCAUUCGGCCUUAUCUCCGCAGAUACAGAGGCUGCUUCUGCGGAUCAAACUCAUAGAUAUGGUCUCCAAUUCCAGUAAUUGCUGACUCCAUUUCCCUUGGUGAUUGGUAUCUGCCUCAGUAUCAUUCUCCCAAGCUUUCUCACCGAAUUCAGAUGUCCUUUCCACUGCUCCAGGCCAGACAUAUAUGACGCUGCAUUCUUCCUUGCCUAAACUUAGGUUUAUGUGAUCAAUUGUUGGUACCAAGGCUAUUGUCUCAAUAAAUUUAUUAGUUCUCUAAAUCUUUCUCCCUCACUGUUCAUGUUUAACUAUUGUCUUAUUUACACAUGUAUGGAUUUGUCUUGCUGAGUUUGUCUUGCCUCAGCAAGAGAAGAAGGGCAUAACUGUACCGAGUUUUUCUUC